AGUUUAUAAUACGAUACAUUACAUUUUACAGUAAUAUAUAUCUAUAUAAAUUUACAUUGGUAAUUAGUUGAUGUUUCAGUAAGAAAUAUGAGAAUAGUGGGAGUGGCUCUUAAAAUACGAAGAUCUGAUCAUUUAAGGCUAGUAUUCGAUGAUCAAAAGUACUUUCGUAAUUUUAAUAAGGAUUCUGAAAGUAAAGUUGGACCAUUACCUUCAUUAUUAUCUAAUAAAAAAACAGGUUUAUUUAAGAAUGAAAAUUUAUCUACCCCAGAUGGACUUAUAGAGUUCUCUAAAGUAUCUUUAAAACAAGCUAAACAGUUGGUUGAACUCAUGAUACAAGAGGCAAAAUCAAAUGAAGUAGGAAAAUUAAAUUAUAUCAACCGAUUAGAUCAACUUUCCGAUAUAUUAUGUCGAGUAAUCGACGUUGCAGAAUUUAUCCGAGUAGCCCAUCCAAGUGAAAAAUGGAUUAAUGCAGCUCAACAAACUCAUGAAAUUAUGUUUGAAUAUAUGAAUCAACUUAAUACAAAUGUGGAAUUGUAUAAACAUUUACGGGAUAUAUUAAAUGAUUCUAAUAUAACUGAAAGAUUAUCCGAAGAAGAAGUUCAAGUUGGUGAAUAUCUUAAACAAGAUUUUGAAAGAUCUGGUAUUCACAUGGAUCCAACUACAAGAGAUAAUUUCGUAGCUAUAACACAAGAAAUUUCUAAAUUAGGAUCACAGUUUGGUAAUGGAAUUCAUAAAUUAGAAGCUUAUUGGUGUGAAGUUUCUAGACUUGAAUUUGAAUCUAUUAAAAAUCCUAAUUUGAAGAAAGAAAUUUUGAAACAUCAAGGUCCUCUCAGUAAUGAUGCAAAAUCUGUUCUGAUACCUUUAAUUGGUCAUAUUCCUUAUAGUAUUUUAACUGAUUGUGAUACUGAAUCAGUAAGAAGAAAAGUAUGGAUAUCAUUACAUAAUUCUCCUGAAGGACAAGUGCAUACUCUAAAUGAAUUUCUUAAAUCUAGAGCAUUAUUAGCAUCAAUGUUAGGAUAUAAAUCAUUUGCUCACUAUCAGCUCGAACAUAAAAUGGCUAAAAAUCCAGAGAAUGUAGUUACUUUCCUUAACAAUCUUCAAACAUCUUUGAGAAAGCAUGGUGUGUUAGAUGAACUUCGAAAUUUAUACAAGUACAAAGAAGAAAAUUCAACCGAAAGAAAUGCUUCUGACGAGGUGAUAUUUAAAAGUAUAAGACCAUGGGAUCGUGACUAUUUAUUGAGUAAAUUACAUGAAGAAUCUCAUGAUAAUGAAAAACAAUUACAAAACAUUAAUGAGUAUUUUUCUGUAGGCACUAUAAUAUCAGGAUUAAGCAAAUUAUUCACUUCCAUUUAUAAUAUAGAAUUUGUUCCUGAAGCUACAAUUAUGGGAGAAACUUGGGAUCAAGCCCAGGUAAGAAAAGUUAAAGUUGUCGAUUUAUCUGCCAACAAAACUCUAGGUUACCUUUAUCUUGAUUUCUGGUCACCAAAAGUUCUCCCAUCUCACUUUACCAUAGUGUGUCUGAGAAAAAUUAAUAAUACUGAAAAUGUAAAUGAUUUGAGACAUCUUGUUCAACUUGAUGAAAGUGAAGAAUUUCAAUUGCCGGUUAUUUCCUUAAUAUGUAACUUUCAAAGAUCUGCAUCAUCAUUUGGAAAAUUUGCUGGUCUAAAAGGUAAAGAAGCAACUUUACUUUCAUUAGAUCAAGUAGAUACUAUAUUCCAUGAAAUGGGUCAUGCUAUGCAUUCAAUGAUUGGAAAAACAAAUCUUCACAAUUUAUCAGGUACUAGAUGUGCAACUGAUUUUGUUGAAUUACCUUCAGUCUUAAUGGAAUCUUUUAGUAAUGAUCCUAGAGUUCUUUGUAAGAUAGGUAGACAUCACAUCACGGGUGAAUUGUUACCAGAAUCAUUAUUGAAAAAGCAUCAAGAAAAUAGAGUCAUUUUAGGAGAUUGUGAAACUUAUAUGCAAUUAAAGAUGGCAAUGUUAGAUCAAGUUUUACAUGACGAUUAUAUCGUUCAAAAUUUGCCUGGUAGCUUUUAUGAUUUUGAUUCAACUCCUGUUUAUCAUGAUUUAGAAAAGAAAUUAUCAAUCUUUGCUGAUGAUGUAUCAACUUGGCAUGGUAAAUUUCCUCAUUUAUUUUCUUAUGGGGCAGUUUAUUACUCUUAUUUAUUAGAUAGAGCCAUUGCAGAGAAAAUUUGGAAAGGAUUAUUUAAAGAUGAUCCUUGGAGUAGACAAGCAGGUGAGAAGUACAAAAAUAGUAUACUAAAAUGGGGAGGUACAAGAGAUCCUUGGGUAUGUUUGGCUGAUGCCUUGGAUAAUCAAGAAUUAAGUAAAGGUGACUCCAAAGCAAUGGAAAUUAUUGGUCUGGAUGCAUUAUCCGUGUGA